UUGUGUUUCUUUCAAGGCAGUUUAAUAAAGAAGGAAGCCACAUCAAGGAUCCUCAGAAAAGUUUCUGGCGAAGAGCCUCAGGGAAGCCCAGUUUUUACGGUUGUCGAUGACAGCUUGGAUCUGGUAAAGGCCGGCAUGGAGGCCGUUAUCGAAGAUGAGGUUACCUCAAGGUUUUCCACGGAGCAGCUCACUUCCUGGAAUCUUUUGACUCGUAGUAGCUACGGUUACCAUCGUUUCAGCUUAAAGCUGACGGCCAUUUGGUUCGUUGGACUCGCCUUUCGGUACUUGAUUUUAUUUCCAAUCAACUUAAAACGAAGUAUCAGCAGCGAGAGUAUGGAGAAUGUCGCACGGCCGAGAGGAAUCUGCGUCGCCAAUCACACGUCUCCCAUUGACGUGUUGGUGUUAGCCCAGGAUAACUGUUACGCAUUGGUUGGGCAGAAACAAGGUGGAUUUUUGGGAUUUUUGCAGAAAUCGCUCAGUGGCCUCAGUUCACACGUAUGGUUCGAGCGAGAAGAAGCAAGCGACCGUUACAGAGUUCGUCAACGGUUGCAAGAACAUGUGGACGAUCCUACGAAGUUGCCAAUACUGAUUUUUCCGGAGGGUACUUGCAUCAAUAACACUUCGGUGAUGAUGUUCAAGAAGGGAAGCUUCGAAGUUGGCGGAACGAUCUAUCCGGUAGCGAUUAAAUACGACCCGCGGUUUGGAGACGCCUUUUGGAAUAGUUCCAAGCAGUCCUACUUUCAGUACCUGGUAAUGAUGAUGACCAGUUGGGCUCUAGUCUGCGACGUUUGGUAUUUGCCCCCGAUGACCAAGCAGGAGGACGAAUCUUCAAUCACGUUUGCAAAUCGAGUAAAAAAAGCGAUCGCGGAAGCUGGAGGGCUGGUUGACUUGCAGUGGUAUGUUCGUAUUAAACUGCAAUGUGAAAAUCGUUUUUACAGAAAAACAAACCCGAUGCUAUGUGAAAACUUGAAGAUGGCCUCGGCGCCCGCGUAG